GGGCCUCUGCGCCCGGCCCGCUUCCCGUGCUAUAAAGGAAGCCGCCGUCCCCUGGGUUCCACACCCCUUUCGUCUGUCCCGCUGCGUGUUUGCGUCUUCAUUGGGAACUCCUACUUCUUGCCUCGAAAUGGACCCCAACUGCUCCUGCUCGCCUGAUGGUUCCUGUGCCUGUGCCAGCUCCUGCAAAUGCAAAGAGUGCAAAUGCACCUCCUGCAAGAAGAGCUGCUGCUCCUGCUGCCCUGUGGGCUGUGCCAAGUGUGCCCAGGGCUGCAUCUGCAAGGGGACAUCGGACAAAUGCAGCUGCUGUGCCUGAUGCUAGGACAGUCCUGCUCUCAGAUGUAAAUAGAGCAACCUGUAUAAACCUGGAUUUUUUUUUUUUUGUACAUCCCUGACCUGUUUGCUACAUCUUUUUUUCUAUGAAAUAUGUGAAUGGCAAUAAAUUCAUCUAGACUAUU